AUGCCCAUGUCUCGCAGCUGCCCUGAGCUGGAGCAGCGGUACGACCCCGGCCUCGUCGGCCCCGGCCCCACGGCCAGCUCCGACCAGCGCGGCAGCGCCGUGUCGCUGGCGGGCACCCGCGCCGCCGUCGGAUGCGCCCAGUGCGACGACGGCGGCGCCAGCAAGGGCCAGGUGCCCAUCUUCGAACGCACUGGCAACACAUGGGCGAUCAACGCCAGCGUGAACGCCAGCGCGAGCUCCGGGUUCGAGGGCUUCGGGCGCGCGGUGUCGAUCAGCUCGAACUGGCUCGCCGUCGGCGCCCCCGCGCGCCCCCCGUCGAGCACGGGGGGGGUGUAUUUGUACGAGUACACCCCGGGGGAGUGGCAGGAGAAGCAGCUGCUGAUCCAGCCCAACCCCGUGAACGGCGACGAGUUCGGCCACGCCGUCUCAUUCGACCCGCUGAACCGCACGCUCGUCGUCGGGGCGCGCUUCGCCGACGAGCAGAGCAUUGCGAGCUCCGGCAUGGUCUUUGUGUUCGAGAUGCUGCCCAACGGGACCUGGGCGCUGGCGACGAAGCUUCUCGCGGAUUCCCUGGCCUCCGGGGACGCCUGCGGCACCAGCGUCGUGGUGUACGGCAAUGCGACCGUGUGGGGGUGUCCGGGGUCCGACUCGCAGGCCAACAACGCGGGGGCGGCCUACGUUGCGCAACGGAGCUCGACCGGGUCGUGGGAGCGGACGCAGAAGCUGGUUGGAAGCGACGGCACAAGCUCGAACGAUUUCGGAACGAGCGUGGCCUACGACGGGGGCGACACGCUCGCUGUCGGUGCCCCGGGGGUCUCUGCAGGCCGGGGCGCAGUGUAUGUCUUCCGGCGUCAACCCGGGGGGUCGGCGUGGUUCGAGAUCGCGAAGCUGACGCAGCUCAGCGCGACCAACUCCGACUUCCUGGGCGUCAGCGUCGCCAUUCAGAACGGCACAGUCGCGGCGGGCGCGGACGGCGACAACACACUGGCCAGCAACGCCGGCAGCGUCGUGCUGUUCAAGGAGCACGCGAACGGCACUUGGUACCAGUACUUCGAGCUCGUCGCGGCCGACGGCGCCUCCACGCACCGCCUGGGACUGGCGGUGGCCUUCAGCGGCGACGUCGUCCUCGCGGGCGAUCCGUUCCGCAACAACGCGACGGGCUCGCCCGCGGACAUCGGCGGCGCCGUGUUCUUCAAGGGCCCCUGGGCCAAUCCGACGGGGGCGUCGAGCGUCAUCCUCAACCAGGCGCUCACCCCUAUUCAGAAUUCGAACUUCACGACCCUUCCCUUCGGGAUCGUGCAGGGGCGCAUCAACGCGACGACGCACCUGGAGGACUACAAGGACGGGUUCGGAUCGGCCAUCGCGGUCGACGGCGACGCCCUCGCGAUCGGCGCGCGCCAGCGUGCCGGCGCGGCCGAGGAAGGCGGCGCCGUGUUUGUGCUUGAGCGGGGCGGCGGCGGCUGGGACGUGGCGGACUACCUGACCGGGUCGGACACCAAGGUCGACGACAACUUCGGCAGCGCGGUGGCGCUCAGCGGCAACACGCUCGUCGUCGGGGCUGAGUCUGACGACGAGCUGCCGGGGCAGACGUCUCUUUCGUCCAUCGGGUCGCUGUACAUCUUCAGGCGCGGAACGGGCGUCGCGAACUGGACACAGAUCGGCGUCGUGGGCCCGUCUCUGCGCACGUCCUUCGCGCGGCUGGGGGCCUCGGCAGCGGUCGUGUACAGUCUGCCUGCGCUGCGCGCCACGGUGAUCGGCGGCGCGUACACGCAGACCGUGGACUCCGUGUCCCAGGCCGGCGCGGUGUACGUCUUCAUGGAGCCGUCGGGCGGCGGGAACUUCACGGAGCUCCAGCGGCUCACCGCGUCGGACAAGUCCAGCUCGGCGCAGUUCGGGAGGUCUGUGUGCGCGCUGGACAACAUGCUGGUCGUGGGGGCGCCGAACGCGGACAUCGUGGCGACCGGCAGCGGCGCGGCGUACGUCUUCACGCGCACUGCGGUCGGGGACAACUACACGGAGUCCCAGAUCCUGUUUGCCUCCGACGGCUCGACGAGCGACGAAUUCGGCUACAGCUGCGCGCUGGACAGGGACACCGCGACGAGCAAGGUGACGCUGGCGAUCGGCGCAGCCUCGGCCGCGGGUCUCCUCAGCGGCAGCGGCAGCUCCGGCCGCGUCUACAUCUUCCGUCAGGACACAACAACUGGGCUGUUCCUGGAGUCGACGUCCAUCAGCGCCGCGGACGCGGUGUCGCUUGACGCUUUCGGCACCUCCGUGGCGAUUCGCGCGGGGACGAUCGUGGUCGGCGCGCCCCGUGACGAUGGACAGGGCAGCAACGACCACGGCGCCCUCUACGUGUUCCAGGAGCAGGCGAACGCGACGUGGUCGGAGCAGUUCAAGCUGACGGCGGCGAACAGCGCGGCGAACGAGUGGUUCGGCCGCGCGGUGGGCAUCGCGGACGGCGGCGUUGUGUUCGGGGGCAGCGACCGACUCUUCACGUCGCUGUCCUCGAGCGUCGACAACCAGGGCUUCGUGGAGGUGUUCUACGGUCCGUUCGCGUCCACGUCGACGGGAAACUUCGCGCCGCUGCAGUACGUGAACAACUCCUUCAUCGCGAUCGGGGACGGCGUCACGCAGCAGACCUUGCGCAGUAGCAGCGUUGUUGGCACCGCGGUGCUGGGAACGUCGGUGACCGUGCUGGACAAAGUGGCCCUGGUCGGCGCCACGGGCAUGUCGGGGCGAGGGGAGGGCGGCGGGGCCGUGUUCGCGUUCACGCAGGACAUCACGCCUUCUGGCAACUUUACGCAGACAGCCGUGUUCACCUCGCCCUCACAGCAGGCGUUCGACGGCUUCGGGUUCUCCGUGGCGCUGACUGGCAACCUCAGCGCUGGCGAAACGCUGACGGCGGUUGUCGGCGCCCCGAACGACGACGACGGCGGGUCCUCGGGCUCGGGCACUGUGUUCAUCUUCAACAGCACGGACGCGGUGAAAUGGACGGCCGUGGCGACCCUCACCGGCAGUGCGAUAUCGAGCUCUCGCCGCCUCGGGUCCGCGGUGGCGAUCGAGGGCGGCCUGGUCGUCGCCGGCGCCGACGGCGAAGACGUCCCGUUCAGCAACGCCGGUGGAGCGCGGGUGUGGGAGCGGGCGCCGAACGGGACCUUCGUCGAGGUCGCGUCGCUGGCACCAAUCGUACCGGUCGUCAGCGGCGGGUUCGGCGUGUCGGUCGCGCUGCAGAGCCGGAGGAUCGUCGUGGGCUGCGAGAUUUGCAACGGCUUCGCGACGCAAAGCGGGGUCGUGUUUGUCUUCGAGGAGACCGCCACGGGCAGCCAGACCUGGCAGCAGACCGCUGCGAUCAGCGCCGUCGACGCCACGGGGGGGGCCAGGUUUGGCGGUUGCGUGAGUAUGUCUGGCAACACCAUCCUGGCCGGCGCCCGCACGGCGGGCUCGGGCGGAUCGGGGGCUGCAUACAUCUUCCGGCUGAACGGCACCACGUGGUACCAGCAGGCCGCGCUGCUGGCCUCGACGGCGGCGAACUUCGACGGGCUAGGCUUGUCGUGCUCCCUCGACAGCGGCACGGCCGUCGUGGGCGCGCCGGGGGUCAACCACCUCGUGACCGACUCCGGCGCGAUGAUCGUCUUCGGCGAGGACGACAAGACGGGGACGUGGAGCCAGCUGGGCGUCCUGAAUGCGACGAACUGGGGUCCCAUGACGUCCCUGGCUUCGGGGCAGCUGGGCACCGCGGUCGCCGUCUCCGGCGGCACCAUCCUCGGCGGAGCGCCGUUCGCGGACUCGGUGAGCGAGAACGGCGCCGUGUCCGCGACCGACGGCGGCUACGCCUUCGCCUACCUCACCCCCUACCAGCGCGGCCAGUCCACGAUCGUCCGCACCGAGCCGGACGUGCCGACCACGCCCAUCGCGGUGGCGAACGGAGUCUUGUUCGAGCAGCGCCUCGCAGCGUCCGGCCUGCACUUCGCCGCGCGCUUCGGCAUCUCGACGGCGCUCAGCGGGUCCCUGGCCGUCGUGGGCUCGCAGGCCAACGGUCAGGGCGCUACCAGCGGCGUCGCGUACGUGUUUGAGGAGGAUGGAUCCUCGCAGUGGUCGCAGGUGGCGCGCAUCAUCCCGCCGGACCUCAAGCAGGGAGACCUGUUCGAACAAGUGCGCAUUGAUGUCACGGGGAGCGACAUCCUGGUGGGGGCGUACCAGCACGACGCGGCAGGGAGCAACGCGGGUGCGGCGUGGCUGUACUCGAAGGGCGCGACGACCGCGACGUGGGAGCUGAAGCAGAAGCUCGUUCCCACCAACGACGGCGGGUCCGUGGUGGGCUACACGUUCGGGUACAGCCUCGACAUCAGGGCCGGGACGAUCAUCAUCGGCGCCGACAUGCAGUCCCAGGGCAGCAACGGCAUCGCGUACAUCUACCGCAGGCUCCCAAACACCACAUAUGUCAACGUCGCCAACGUGACCAAUGCGGGCACGUCCGCGUCGCGCUUCGGGCACGGCGUGGCGAUCGCGAGCGAGGGCGUGAACGCGGUGUCUGCGCGCCGCCGUGCGGCGGAGCGCGAGGGCAGGGGCCUCCAGCAGGUCAGCGUCCCGGCGGGGGGGUACGUGGCCGUGGGAGCGCCCCUGGACAACACGGUUUCGAUCAACGCUGGCGCCGUGCUGGUGUUCGCGGAGUUCACGAACGGCACGUGGCUGCGCGUGGCCAAGUUCACUCCGUCGACGCUGUCGUCAGGGGGACUAUUUGGGUACAACGUUGCAGCUGCGAAGAGGACCAGUUCGAUCAUGGUCGUCGGCGGGUGCCCGUCCUGCCUGAAUGGCGGCGCGGUGUACGUGCACGAGGGAUCCGGCGAGUCCUGGGCGCUGACGCAGAAGGUGCAGCCGUCGGGCCAGAGCCUGAGCGACGCGUUUGGGCAGUCGGUGGCGAUUGACUGGGAAGUCCAGUCAAUGGUGGUUGGUGCCCCCGGCGUGGACGACAAGACGUUGAACGCCGGCGCCGCCUUCCUGUACCAGUGGAACGGGACCGCGUUCAACGAGACGCUCCGCCUCGCCGGCGCGACUGACACUGGGUCCUCGGACGCCUUCGGGUCCUUCGUGGCGAUCUACAGGAACACGUCGGUCAUAGGAUCACCCUUCUCGAACACGCAGACGUCGCAGGGCGGCACUGCGCACGUGUUCAAGGCGUUUGUUCCGUUGCCGACCGCGCCGCCGAGCACCACCGUUGCAAGCGGCAGCACAGCGGCUCCUGGAGCGACGACGCUGGCCGCGGGCGCGACGACGGUGGCCGGUCAGGCCACGACGCUGGCCGCGGGCGCGACGACGGUGGCUGGUCAGGCCACGACGCUGGCCGCGGGCGCGACGACGGUGGCUGGUCAGGCCACGACGCUGGCUGCGGGCGCGACGACGGUGGCUGGUCAGGCCACGACGCUGCCUUCGGGCGCGGGCCAGAGCACGAUCUCGACGGAACCGACACUCCCUGCCGGGCUCGGCACAGGCGCAGCCACCACGCUCGCGGCAUCGGCGACGAAUGUCGGCGGCGCAACCACCGCCAGCCCCAGCGGCACACAGGGGCCAUCGGCGACGCAGGGGCCGGUGGCGACGCAGGGCCCCGCACCGACGCCGACGCUCGCCGCGGCCGGGACGACGAUCCAGCUCGUGCUGCAGAUUGGCGGCGUGACGCGGGCGCAGCUGGGCGACGGCUUGAUUCUUGUCACCGCCAUCAUCAACGCGCUGCGGUUGUCGCGGCCGCCGUUCGUGCUCUCAGCAAACAACAUCGUCGUCAUAUCGAUCACCGACAUCUUCUCGCGGCGGGCCGCCCAGGAACCGGCGCUGUCCCUGCGCAGGGUGUUGAUGCUCGGCGACGGAGCUGACGCGGGCGCCGACGCCGGCCGGUCGCUGCAGCAGGUGGCUACGGGCGUGCAGGUUGUCAUGCACCUGUCCGGCGACGCCGUUCGUUCGGACCCGUCCGGUUUCGUGAACUCCCUCAACUUCAUGUUUGGCGUCUCCUCCACGGGGAGCGGCGGCUCUGGCGCGCCGGGGUCGGGCGGUUCGGGGUCAUCGGGCGGUUCGGGGUCGUCCGGCGGCUCCGGUGCGGGCGGUGCGGGCCUCUCGCUCUUCGAGCAAGCCCUGAGGGACCAAGGAUUCACGCAGCCUAUCUCGGUGCGCGUGGCGCAGUUGGGAACCUUCAACUCGGUGAGCGGCUCGCCGGCGGCGGUGCCACAGAUCGCGACGCGUGCCCCUGGCGACCGCGGUGCCGCCAGCGCCAACGGGGUGCGCGUGGUGGCGGUUCCGCUGCAAGGACGACAGACCGUGAUGGACACCACGUCCCGGGCGUUUUCGCGCGAGCCGCUGUCGCCGACGCAGCUGAACUGGAUGUGGGGCAGCGACACGUUCUCCGCGGCCUUCUUCGUGGAGGUGCAGGGCUCCCCCGCGUCGUCGCUGCCCGCGCUGACGCCCGCGGCGUUUGACGCCGACGGGAUGACCGUCACCGCGGUGACGGUGUCGGGCAGCGCGUACAACGUCGAGGCCACGAUCAACCCGAACCUCGGGCUUGCGACGGCGCAGACGGCGUCCCUCAAGCUCCGCGGCGGCGCCGGCGGCGACGGGCUCUUGUUCCCUGAGAGCGCCGAGCUCUCGAUUCUCGUCAAGCGCACGGGGCCGCGCCCGGAGAUCACCGCGCCGUCGGGGGCGCCCCUCCCCGCGCGGUCCGUCGACGUCCCGAUCCGUGCGCGCAUCUCCUUCCCGGGGGGGUUCAUCCUCGAGCCCCCGGAGGGGUUCGCCUCCGUGCUGACCGUGUCGAACAGCGCCGGCGUCCGCGCGGCGUUCGACUCGUCGAACAACGUCGUCAACCUCGCGAUCGUCCCGGCGGGGGACGGCCCCGUCACCAUCGCGAUCCCAGCAAACGCCAUCUCGGACACGUUUGGCAACACGAACGCGGGCGGCGUGUCGGCGACGACGAUCUACAGGGACCCGGCGAUCAAGAACAAGGACAUCAAGGAUAGCACGGAGGCGGCGUCCGCUGCGGCGGUCGCGGCGGCGGCGGCCUCGAGCGCGGCAGCCUCCAGUGCGGCGGCUGCCUCUGCAGCCGUUGGGGGCGCGGCAAGCGGCGCUGGCGCUGGCGGCGGCGCGGCGGCUGCGGGCGGCGGCGGCGGCGGCUUCGGCGGCGGGUCCUCGGCCGGUGCUGCCAGCGCCACCAUGAUGCUUGCCGUGUGGGGCAUGGGCGCGACCAACAAGAUCUCGAAUUCGGACGUAGGGGACGCGCCGCCGCAGCUGGGUCCGUUCGGCGCGUCGCUGGAGUUCGUCGACUUCAUCAUCGCGCCGGACCUUUUCGGCAUCGGCGACGACGAGGAGGUGUCGGUGUCGUCUUCGACGCGGCGCCGCCUCGCGGCCGCGGUCGAGAGUCGCGCGCUCCCGGAGCUCGGAUUCGCGCCGGACGGAUACGAGGGCGGCAGCGCGCACGCGGCGCACGCGCUCCACGUCACGCGCUCCGUCGCGGAGCGCGGCCACAGCAUGCUGUACGCGGGCCACAGGGAGAUCGUCCGUGAGAUGCUGCUGACGUGCGCGCACCACCCGUACGCCGAGCAGGCGCUCGGGCUGCCGUGUAGGCGCGCCGCGAUCGCGGUGUCCCGCCCGGCGCCGUCGUUCCUCGCCCGCGCGUCGGUCGGCUUUGCGCACGUGGUCGCUGCCGCCAAGGUCGAGGUUGGGGGCUUCCUGCACCGCGUGUUGGGCGUCGGGGACCCGCUGAAGUACCACGGGCCGACGCGUCUGUCGUUGGCGCGCCGCGGGCUCGCGUUUGCGGCCGUCGGCGCCCCGGAGACCCCCCUGGAGGAGUUGUACGUCCUGCGUCGGGCGCGGCACCUGCAGGAGGCGGGCGGGACGACGGACCCGCUGACGGCAGUCUACCGCGCCGUCGCGGUGCAGUGGUUCUGGCUCACGAUCGGCCUCAUCGUCGCGACGGUCCUGCAGCUGCUGGCCUUUGCCCACUACCUGUGGAAGAAAACUCGUACGGGACGCGACCCGCCGUACCCGGGCUCGCUGCUCUUCCCGCGGCUGCAGAUCUACAUCGCGUACUUCUUCGUCCCCGCGAUCGCGGAGACGUGCGGGUCCAUGUUCGCGUCCAAGGACGGGGCAAUGGAGGCCGUCGCCGUCAUCAUCAUCGUUCUGGUGCCGCUGCCGCUCCUGGCCUACAUGUUCUGGGUCGUCGUGGCCACGCAGGUCGCGCUCGACUCCCCCACGCGCGGCCUGUUCUACGAGGUCGACGCCCGCGAGGCAGCACGCGCUGCGCGGCGCCGCAAGGGCCCAUGGCAGUGGAUCGGCAUCGGGCGCUCGAUCCCCGAGGGCGAGUGGAAGGGCCGCACGCGCGGCGAAGUCAACUUCUUCCGGCGCUUCGGCGGCAUGUUCGAGGAUUUCCACGGCGCGCCGGUCGUGCGCAGGAAUGCCACGUGGGAGCUGGAUCCGAUCAUCCAGCGGUUCGAUCGAGGAUACCUGGAGAUGUGGAUGCCGAACGGGGCGCCGUCGCGAUUCACGGUGCUGAUGCAGCACGCGCGGUCGUUCAGCUCGACGGCCCGCGGCACCAUGCUCUUCCUGCUGGCGAUUCUGUCGACGUCGACGCCGCCGGACGCCGGCACCGCGCAGACGAUCCUCUUCGUGGUCCUGCUCGGGUUCCACGCAGUCCUCGUGCUCGCGCUGCAGCCGCUCGUGGCCCUCCAGGACCAGCUCGUCGACGCUAUCGCGGGGACGUUCGAGGCGAUCGGCGCGAUCCUGCUUCUGACGAUCGCCAUCAUUUCCGCGACGACGGACAGCGUGGAGGAGCGGGCGGACAAGACGGAGGGGCUCGGGACGGCCAUGAUGAUCUUCCUGGCAGCCGGGAUCGUCCUCACGAUCAUCGCCACGCUGCGCGACGCCCUCUGGGCGAUCAUGGACUUCUUCGCGGCGUGCCGGGAGUACAUGAAGGACCACAAGGACUUCGCGCAGGAGGCGGAGGACGUAGCCGCGAAGGACAAGACGAUCAUUGCCAAGAAGUUCGCCAACAGAUGGACCAACCAAGUGCUCGGGAGGCCCAUCGCUGGAUGGCCGCGCCUGGGCCCGAUGACGGCGGAGGAGCUGGCGCACGUGAUCCGCCGCACGGCGCACCAGCGCGCUGCGGACUACAGCGGGUUUGCGACCGAGGAGCAGCUGCUGCGGCGCAUGCUGACGUGCGAGCGCCGCGUGACGCGGAACGCGACGAUCGACAAGCCGCGCCUGCGCGCUGCGACGAACGGCCUGUGGGGCUCCGCGGCCACGAAGCUGAGCGCCUCCAAGCGGAUGCAGUCGGCCGGAAAGGGCCAGCGAGCGAACGAACCCAACAGCGGGACUGAGGUAGUGGCUGGCGUCAACGGAACCAACGGGCACCAUGCGAACGGCACGAACGGGAGCCACACUGUGCGCCGCAUCACGGUCCACCCGGCGGACGCGCCCGACGCGCACCCGACGGAGGGUCGGCUGUCGCACUCCACGGGCGGGCGCGGGGCCUCGCGGGGACCGUCGGGCGUCGUGCGGCCCUCGGACGGCGACCCCGCGCACGUGCAGCCACAGGUGUCCGCGUCGGCGCGCCCGGCGGGCGUGCCGGAGGCCAACGAGGUGUAG